GACGGCGAGGACAAUCAAACACGGAGCCAAGCACGCCAAAGUCAGCCUUCAAGAAAAACAACUGAUUGUCACAGAAUUCAAAGGCAUUGCCACUGAGGACAGCCAUCAUGUGGUCCUUCGUGAGGAUGAACUUGAAACCCCUGAUCAAAGGGAUGGAGGCGUUCAUGGAAACCGACAGCGAGCAGAAUUCGGAUAGUGAAGACGAGGACGACGAGGACGAAAAGAAAGUGAAAGUGAGGGAGUCUCCUCCGAGUGAAUACCUGUCCACUCCAACCCUCCCCGACUCAUACAGGCGCAACUCCCCUGGCGAGGUCCGCCUGUUGGCCAUCGCCGACAGCUUCCAGCGUCAGUAUCGUCUUUUGUGUUCCGAGCGCAAGCCUCUGCUGCUCUUCCCCAUGAACGAAUGUGGCGUCAAGAAGUUUGUGUCAACCACGCUGCGGCCCACCAUGACCAGCCACCCCGAGCUGCUCUACUGGGAAGGAUGUGCUUCCUUCGUGGCCGACUUCCUGUCUCUGACUCCUCUGGAGCCGCCUGGAGAGCUGCCCAAGUUCUUGUUCUCGGCCACGUCGGUGCUGCACAGUCAGACGGCCACGUGUUUCGAGUACGCCGCCGUGCUCUGCAGUCUCCUGCUGGGCGCCAACUACGACGCCUACUGCGUUAGCGGCUACGCCAGCAAGGAGAUGUGCCUGCUGGACCAGCGCCUGCAAGAGUGCCACCUGCUGGACAACCAGGACAAGGUGGAGGGCGCCGAGGCGAAAAGCGAGAGCGACAACGUGCUGAAGCGGGAGGUGAAGAGCCGCUUCUUGACCAACCAGGCCAAAAAAGCACAGGAAGAAGCCGAGGCCAAGUCCAAGAAGCACGAGGAGGAACCCCAGCCUGCUGUCGACUCCCUGAGGGGUCUGCGGGUCCACUGCUGGGUUCUGGUCCUGGCCGGGUGCCGCAGCGUCCAGGAGAACUUCUUCAUCGACCCGCUCACAGGAAGGAGAUACAGCACCACGCACGACCAAUUCCUGGGGGUGGAGAGCGUGUGGAACAACCUCAACUACUACGUCAACAUGCAGGACUGCAAGGACGUCUGCGCUGAAAUAGUGUAUGAUCUUCAUGACAUCCGGCUGUGGGAGCCAGUCUUGUUCGGGGUCAUCAGCAAGAGACAAAUGUCCCUCAACAUCCUCAAGAGGAAGGAGAUGAAGAUGAUGGGCAUGACUUGGGAGGACGAGGAGGAAGAGGAGCGAGUGUUUGAGAUGCCCAGGUCGUGGGUCUCCUACAUCAGCAUCUCCAGAGAAGACCUGGAGACACGCUGGCCAGGAAGCAGGAAGUUGACGUGCUACAAGAAAACUGAGCUGAAAAGGUUCGCUCCUUACCUGCGACUCAACGGGCUGGUGACGCGGCUCACCACCUUCAAGGACUUUGACUGCAAAGAGGCGGUGACGGUGAAGGAGUGGUACAAGGACAGAAACGACCACCUGAAGGAGCGAGAAGUCAACAAAGUGACGGGCAUCACCAUCGAGCGCUUCACGCCAGGACGACAGUUCCACCUUUUAUUCCACAGGUUCACCACCGCGCCAACACAGGGCACCGAGCACGAGAUGGAGUUCAGCGGCGCUCGUGUGGACGGUCUGGUGCGCCGCGUGGACACGCCGGAGGAAAUGACGGAGACCUUCGAGGGCCGCGAGGACUUCCUGUACUACCGCCACGUGGUCUUCGGCCACCUCCCGGAGCCGGAAGACGAGGACGCCGACACGGAGACGGAGGAGCGGCCCCUGCUGAAGGUGGUGGAGCGCUUCCACAGGAACCCCCAGAAGGACGCCAACGAGGACGUGGCCGAGCGAGUCUUCUUGGCGCCGCAGAGGAAGAUGGAGGUGACGUACCACCUGGAGGAGCACAGGUUCGUGCCCUGCACCAGGACCUUCCUCAAGCCGCGGGAGUCGGACGACUUCAAGGCCGACAUGGUCACCGGCUUCCACGUGGACCCCACCCAGAAGCCCCUGCACACGCUGGCUCUCUACAAGCUGCUCUCGGCGCUGGUGGAGGCCGAGAAGGACACGGCGGAGCAGAUCAAGUGCUCCAAGAAAGAGGUGAGAGACAUCGUGUCCUGCAGGCAGCGUGAGGAGAUGGACAUUCUUCUUCACUUUUCUCCAUGGACCACCACCGGAGCCGCCAAAGCCCGCAAGCAAAGAGAGGAAAUGGAGCGCCUGGCGGCCGAAGAGCAGAUAUGGUUGCAGGAGAAGGAGGAAGACUUCCUGGCUCCCUUCCUUAUCCGACUGGGGAACGUGAAGGACAUGACGGCUGAACACGCACGCUUCCUCUACGACGACUGUAUGAGCGACUUCAAGACGCACAUGGCCGAGCGGGCCAGACUCAUCCAGGAACGCCACGACCAGGCAACACAUGCGCUAGAGAAGAAGCAACUGUACUACCAACAGAGCCAGCUGAACAUGAGCCACCAGGAGGAGAAAGAGUACCAGGCCUUCUGCGCCGAGCACACCUUCCAAAUACACAUUGCCACUGAACGCCUCAGCAUGCACAAGAGAUCAGUCGCUCAGAGGUAUCGUGCACUGGAUCAGAGACUAAAACAAGACCCACGACUGGCACCUUACCUGCCGAGCUGAACACACACACACACUCACACACACACUUUACACCAGUCUGUACUGGUAAUAACUUUAUGGAAUAAAAUGACAAUACAAAUAAGUCUGAUUUAAUCACCAAUACAACAUUAGAGAGUUAAAAUAGGUCAUGUGCAUUCCAGUCCACUAGUUGGCGAUGUCACUUUGAAGAGCAGUGAACAGAAGAAGCGGGUAAAAAUAUUACCAUCAUUCCUGCGAAUAGCUCAGAAAUGUAGUUUGGCACUCAGGAUGUCAGGGUCAAAUACCAUGAGACAUUAUAAAGACACAGAAACAGAGAAUAGGAGACAAACCAGUGAUUGCUUUUCUCGUACGAGGAGAGGGACCUGGAGCAAGUUGUCAGUCACAGGCUCCUAAUUCACUCUGAAAUCGUCAACAGCGUUGCCUUCGGUUACCGAACAGUUCGAAGAAAGUUCGUCAAAUAGUUCAAAGAGAGUUCCAUUAAAUAGUUCAAAGAGAGUUCGUAAAAUACUUCAAAAAUAGUUCCUCUCUAAGUUGGACGGAUCCUGCCAUCUGUCCGCUUUGAAGUACAAGCGGAGUUUUACGAGCCUUCUUCUUGGUAGGUUUUAAAGACAGCCUUUUGUCUUCUUGUCAGGAACACAAUGUAAUACAAAGUUUUUUGUGAUCAUUUAGAAACAAUUAUUUUAAAGGGGAACAUUAUCACAAUUUCAAAAGGGUUAAAAACAAUAAAAAUCAGUUCCCAGUGACUCGUUUUAUUUUUCAAAGUUUUUUUCAAAAUUUUACACCUCCCGGAAUAUCCCUAAAAAAAGCUUUAAAGUUCUUGAUUUUCGCUAUUUGCGAUGCGACUGUCCAUUUCCCUGUGACGUCAUACAGUGCUGCCAAUACAAACAACAUGGCGGUUACCACAGCAAGAUAUAGCGACAUUAGCUCGGAUUCAGACUCGGAUUUCAGUGGCUUAAGCGAUUCAACAUAUUAUCAAUCAAUCAAUCAAUCAAUGUUUACUUAUAUAGCCCUAAAUCACUAGUGUCUCAAAGGGCUGCACAAACCACCACGACAUCCUCGGUAGGCCCACAUAAGGGCAAGGAAAACUCACACCCAGUGGGACAUCGGUGACAAUAAUGACCCAGUGGGACGUCGGUGACAAUGAUGACUAUGAGAACCUUGGAGAGGAGGAAAGCAAUGGAUGUCGAGCGGGUCUAACAUGA